AUUUUGUAUUUCUGGGUAGGGGGUGUGCGCUCCCUACCCGCGCCGUUAUUGGCUCCUUGGUAUGUCAGUCACCGGGUCCCGGAUGCCGAUUCUUGUGGAGCUGAUGGGGGAGAGGUAUGUAUGUAAACAAUACAGAUCUCUCCCCUGUUAGCAUGAACAGGCUGCUUUUGUAUUACUCUGCACAGCAGAGCAAUACAAAGCAGCUUGUUUGCACAGUAAAACACACACAGCACACAGUUAACCCUUUGAUCACCCCAGAUGUUAACCCAGUGUCAGUACAGUGUCAGUGCUUUUUAUUAGCACUGAUCACUGUAUUAGUGUCACUGGGGAUGUCAGUGACA